AAGGUAACGAUGUAGUUAGUGAUGUGCCGGCUUGUACCAUGUUUUAAGGUUUAUUAAAUAUCCGGUACAGUUUUUUCACGUGUGAUAAUGAUCCCGUUAAGAAUUCGAUGACGUCUUCACGUGAGGACUUUUUGGAUUAAGAGUUCGGAUCUGAAUAUGAUGAAGAAAUGUUGAUUCCGAAAGUGAUUCAAUUGGUGAAUUUGCGAAAAUUUCGGUACUUCCAUGGCAUCCGAAACUGUAAAGGUUAUUGUAAGAUGUCGUCCUAUCAACCAGAGAGAAAGAGAUUUAGGAUGCAAGGUGAUAAUAACCAUGGAUCCUUCGUGUGGUCUGUGCUCUAUUGUCAACCCGGAUGAUAACUCUGCCCCUCCUAAAAAUUUUACUUUUGAUGGUGUAUAUUUUAUUGAUUCUACAACAGAACAAAUUUAUAAUGAAAUAGUUUUUCCAAUAGUAGAAAGUGUGACUGAAGGCUACAAUGGGACUGUUUUUGCUUAUGGCCAGACUGGCUGUGGCAAGUCUUUCACAAUGCAGGGUAUCACCCAUCCACCCAGCCAGAAAGGAAUCAUCCCUCGUGCCUUUGAACACAUUUUUGAAGCCAUCUCAACCACUGAAAACACUAAAUUCUUAGUUCAUGCUUCCUAUUUAGAGAUUUAUAAUGAGGAGAUACGUGACUUACUUGGCAAGGAAACCAAAAAAAAGUUAGAGCUUAAAGAACAUCCAGAUAAAGGGGUUUAUGUGGCUGGGCUUUCUUUGCAUCCUGUUCACAAUACUCGGGAGUGUGAAGAAGUAAUGGAAACGGGCUGGAAAAAUCGCUCAGUUGGUGCCACACUGAUGAACGCAGACUCCUCUCGUAGUCAUUCCAUAUUCACCAUUCACUUAGAAAUGUUAGAAAUGGAAAACUGUGGAGAGCACAUUAAACAAGGAAAGCUUAACCUUGUAGAUUUAGCAGGAAGUGAAAGACAGGCCAAAACUGGUGCUACAGGAGAUCGUCUGAAAGAAGCUACAAAAAUCAAUCUUUCACUGUCAGCUUUAGGAAAUGUAAUAUCUGCAUUAGUGGAUGGAAAAUCAAAACACAUUCCAUAUCGGGACUCAAAGCUUACGAGACUUUUGCAAGAUUCUCUUGGUGGAAACACUAAAACUUUAAUGGUGGCUUGCCUCUCUCCAGCUGACAAUAACUAUGAUGAAACACUAAGUACCCUUCGAUAUGCAAAUAGAGCUAAAAAUAUUCAAAAUAAACCCACAGUUAAUGAAGAUCCUAAAGAUGCUUUGUUAAGGGAAUAUCAAGAAGAAAUUAGAAGAUUGAAAGAAAUGCUUUCAGGUCAGAUACCUUCUUUAGAAGAUGAGAAGAGUGAUGUAAGCAAAAGUAAUUUAAUAAAUGAGGAUGAAAAUACUGUUAUGAAAAUCCAGCAGGAAUAUGAUGAUAAAUUGCAAGAUUUAAUUGAUAAGUAUAAAAAGGAGCAAGAAAAUAAUGCUAGGCUGCAAAGUGAUGUGGAUCGACUAAAAUCAUAUUAUGAACAAGAACUUGCAAAGCUUAACAAAAAGCAAGAUUCCACAGAGGAUGAUGUAGAAACUAUUGAAGUACCAAGUUCACCCAAGAAUGGAACUAUACCACAAACAUUAUCUGUGCCAAAUGGAAUAAGCAAGACACCAAUCCCUGCAGGAUCUCCUCAAGUUACGGCUCAAAUACAGGCUCAAGUUUUAGAAAGGUUGCAAGAAUUAGAGGAACAAAUGGUAGGUGGAGAGAAAGCACAUGACAGAGAGUUGAAAGAAAAAAGAGCAAAACGGAAAAAGGUUGCUGAGAAAAGGGUCAAAUCUAUUGCAGAAGCACUUUCUAAAGUUGAUGAUGAUGAUAGAGCUAUGUUGAAAGUGUAUGAUGAUAUUCAUGAAGAAUUAAGAGCUAAAACUCAACUACUGAAAAAAGCCAAAAAGAAAAUACAAGCAUUAGAUCAAGAAGUGCGUGAUCUCCAGAGAGAAUUUGAAACUGAAAGAACUGAUUAUUUAGAAACUAUUCGCAAGCAGGAUCAGCAAAUAAAGCUUUACACUCAAAUCAUUGACAAAAUCCAGCCUUGCAUUAGAAGAGACUGUAACUAUUCAAAUAUAGAGAAAAUCAAGAGUGAAAGCUAUUGGGAUGAGGACUAUCAGAAAUGGCGCAUUCCAGAAUUAGUUGUACAGAAAACAAAAUUACCUACACCAGGUGUUCAGAUUGGCGGAAGACCUGCUGUAUCACCAGAUCACAGAAUAAAGCAUAAUCGCUCUGCAUCCAGUGUUAAGGAAUAUUUCGAUGAUUCAUCAGAAGAUAAAUUCUUUAGGAAACUGGAGAGAGGUGAGGAAGAGGACAUUGCUGGAACUUACUUCAAACCCAGGCGCCAAGAGCAGCUGCUCAGUAAGUUCAAGGAGACAGCAUACCGAGUGGGUUCCAACAAAGAUGCACUAACAUCAGCCUCCAACGGCAGCAUCCCCAACCUUGUAAAAGAGAAUAACGCCUUAAAUUCACUGAAUUCUUCGCUUCUGAAUGGCAGCAGCAACUUGAAUGGAUCCAUAAAUGGUGGCACAACGCUGCUUAUCCAGCCCUCUAGCCAAGAAUCGCCUUUGACUUUCCGCAAGCCAACCAAACUAGAGGCCUUGCCCAACGGUGGGGACUUGUACAAGCGAGGCAAGAGGAAAUUGCGGACUAAUGUUGGUUCCAUGGAGUGGCCGAUCUGACGACCUUUGUCCCCCAGUGAGCCAGGGCUCAGUGAGUGUAGGGUGCUACCAACAGUUUUACCGCCAAUCCGACCCAAGUCGGAUGAGGGGAGUGUUGCCCAUAAUAGAAACUAAAUUUUUCACUGUGCACACGAGUUUUUUAGGGUUGUCAGCAUACAAUGCCUUUUGGAGUAUUUAAUGAUAUGGUUAUAUAGGUUUUGGCAUAGGAUUUACCAAUGUGUCAGUGUGGAUCAGUAAUGUUGCUACGGGGAUUGCGUUUGUGAAUGCAAGGAAGGAGUGGGUAGGUAUAAAUGUUCUAAGCCCAAGUCUUAGAGUGUGCCAUUGAGAGGAAACGUUUAUCCAUUUUUGGCACUUUUUCAAGUCAAAUAUAAUUAAAGAGCGAAAAAAUAAUUAUAUGCCCUUGGCAGCAUUUCAUGUGAUACUAUCAACUUGGGUGAAUAAUUAAAUUAAGCCCCAGGCACCAUUUGCGCUGUCUGUGCCACUGAUAUAAUUGUGGUGAAACGUCGAUUAUUCGACCUGAUAUGGGGGUAUAACCAUCUCAGUUUAUAGGUUAACAGAGACUGAAUUUUGAAGCAAAAAUUCGUUUCUUAAAGACUGCAAUUUUUUUUUUAAAUUAUAUUAUAAACAUGACUUGCAAAUACUUCCAUUUAUUAACAUUAUAACAAACUCUUUUAUUAGCCAUCGAACUUCUUGCUAUCAUUUUUUGAUAUAUUAAUUAAAUUUAAUGAGAAAAUUCGCGAAUAUUAACGAUUUCUGCUGUUUCUUUUGCUUUUUUGCAAUAAUCUUUAAGGGAGGUUAACAAACACGAACCUCUUCUAACGUAUUUGCUAAGCCAAAUUUCUACAAAAAUAUAUAGAAUUUGCUAUGUUCAAGAAUGGAAUUAUGUUUAUCUUCAAACAACUUUUUUUUCAAUAAAAAUAACUUUUCAGUAAUAAUUUUUUUUUUUUUUCGCAUCUUGAAAAUAGCCUCUAUUAUCAACUUGGACAUACAUCUCCGAAAAAAACUCGAUUACUUUAUUUAUUUAUUUUUUAAAUGAAAAAAACAAUUCAAUUUUCUGGUACUAAUUUGAUUAACAGAGAUCUCAUUUGAUAGAGAUGCGGAUAAAGAAAUGUCUACAAUUAUUUUAUGUUCGAUGCCUUGCUUUAUAUAUUUCCUGUUAUCAAAAAAUUCUUUUUUUAUUUAUUAAAUAAACCAGAGGAUACUUGGGAUGAUUAUAGAGAUUCCAAAUAAUUUUUGUUUUUAAUAAUAGUUACGGUGAAUAAUUUUUUAUUAGUAAUAAUAAAUUUUAAUAUUUAGUGCAAUUUAAUAUAAAGUUUAAUAAUAAAUAUUUUCAUAAACAAUUUUAUUCGACUUCAUUAGAUUUUUUUUUCUAUUGUUAUAUUUCAUUCCUUUUUUUUUUACCCAUUUUUCUGUGAUAUUUUUAAUACAUUGGCUUUGGAAAUUGGUACACAGAGUUUUUAUACAUUGACAUGUUGGUAAAUCUAUUGUUCACCUUCCAAUUAGAGUGAAGUAAUAAAAAAGUGAAUUUACUUCUGAGAAAUUCUGUUCAUAUUUGUUGUUCAUAGAGUUAAAUGGAUUCCCAAAUUUGCUUUGAGCACAAUUUAAUUUAAAAUUGAUAUUUAUCUAUAUCUCAUCAUUGGAAAUUUUAAAAUUUAUUGAAUAUAAAGUUUUUUUUUCCUUCCUAUUUUGGUAAUUCAGAUAAGGGUCUUUUAAUUUUUGAAACUUUCAAAAGAACUAGUCUUUUAUUAAAGCAGAAGGCAAUUCAAAAAAGAAAAUUAGGAUAAUUCUUGUCUAAUUUAUUGUAAUUAUAAAGGGCAAACUUUAAAAUACAUCUGGACGUAAAAAAAGGGCUAAAAUCUCUGGGUUUCUGCUUCUUUUCUCCUAUUUCCUUCAAGUGAUUUUUAUACUUGAGAUUACUUAAAUCAUUUUUAGUGAGCAACUUUAUUAUCUGAUUUUAAUAUUAAAAAAAUCUUUAAUUUUAAAACUUUAUGGUCACUAGGGGAAAAUGUGACAUUUUCCUUUUCUUCAGAAUGUAAGCACCUUAAUAAUUUUUCAAAAAUUGUUUUCGAGAUUCUCUUUAAUUAAAAAAGAUCGAAUUUAAAUUUCUAAUGUCUGAUUUAAUGUUCAUAUUGAUGUAUCAGAUUUAAAUUUUGAUUAUGUAUAAAAAGUAAAUUUUUCUUUUGUUUUAUAUUUACUCUAAAAACUUUUAUUUCAUUUAAAUUUUUCAGUGGAUAGAUGGGAUUAUAUUUUAAUAUUCCUUUAAAGUUGACGACGAAAUUAUAAUAAUUAAUAUUCAGGGGAAAAUAAAAAUUAUUUAUUAUAUUUAUAUCAAAUGAAAAUGUUAUUUUUGUUUUUGUAUCAUAGACAACCCUGUGUGAUUUCAUUUCCAUAAAAGUAUUCUAAAUAUUUGAUAUACGGGAUAAAUAUAAAUAUUUUGCUGGAAGUCAAUGAUUCUAAAAUACACUAAGUGCCAGAUUUUUAAAGCAUCCUUACUCCUGUGCUGAUUUACUUUUUUAAACGGGUACCUUUAUAGUAAACAAAUUGUUUAACUUAAAAUGUAUAUCAGUAUAAUUGCAAAAGUUUUUUUAUAUUUUUUUAAUUCGAAAAAUUUCAUGUAGCAAACUUUUUAUACUCUCUUAAUAUUAGAUGAUCUUUGCUAUUAUAACAAAGUUCUUUGUCUCCUAAUUGUGCUUUAAUUUUUAUAUAAAAUUAUGAUCUGUUUUACUAAGCUAAAAUUGAAAAUUGAUGUCAACUUUCAAGUUAAAAAGCAUUUAUUAUUAUUUAGAUGCAUAAUACUGUAAAUUCUUCUCUAUAAAUAGAAGAAAAGUUACAUAUUUUACUUGUGAAUUAAAUUAAUCUAUCAUUUAUUUAUAAUUUAUGUAAACUUCCUUUAAAGAUUGUCUGUUGACGAAUGUUAAAUAUAACUUGACCGAGGAAAUUUAAAGCAUAGUAGUAAAUGUAAAUAAUGACAGUAAAUUUGUUGUUGUGAAAAUUUGGAAUCAUGAUUGUUCUAUAAAAUUCUAAAAAAAUCGAAUAUCAUCUUAUAAUCAAAGGAAAAAAUGUUAUAUCUUAUAAUCAAAGGAAAAAAUAUAAUAUCUGUGUUCCCCUCAAAUUUAUUGAAUUCCUCAAAAGUUCUCCUUUAUUCAUAUUUGAAAAAACUUUUUUCUAAUCCCGAAAUAUUUUCAGUGUUUGAUGAACUGCAACUGUCUGUGUGUUUUCUAGCAUUUUGUAAAUAGGUACCUUUAAAAAAGCCAAUAAUCAGCCACUGGGGGACAAACUAGUGCCUAUUUUCUUGUACAUACAUAUCUGUAAAAAAUGUAUUUAUAUAUAAAAUAUAUAAUUCAUUAAUAUAUUGAAUUUGAAUGAAUUUUUUAAACUUUUGUGAAGGCUGUGGAAGUUUUGUUCUUAUUGUAAAAUAAAGUUUCUAUUAAAUAAUGAGUAUUAAGUAUUAUGUGCUAUAAAUCUUUAUUAAAUUGGAAAUAUAUAAAAUGUAGAUUUCAUUUAACGUUUUGGUGACAACCAUUGAAAUAAGAAUUAUAUUAACAAUCCUUUUUCUAACUGAAAGUUAAACCUGCUAUUGUGUUAAAUGGAUUCAUUUAUUUCGUAUGAUUUUUUUUUAAUGUCGUGAAAUCUCUCCAGACAUUAUGUUAAAUUUAGCAGAAAUAAAUGUUGUUAAUAAAAUGUAUUAUUAAUUUUUAUCUUGUUGUAAUAAAUAAUUUUUGUUUUUUUAGUUUAGUUGAUGAAAUGUUUUAUUAAUAGUUCAUUUUUCAUUAACCUUUUUACAACAAAAUAGGUUUCCUCGUCAAUAAAUGAUAAGCAGCUGAUCGCUUGAACUGUCAUUGAAGGGUUAAUGAAAUUUUUUUCUCAAUAAAUUAAUUAAUAAUUUUACAUAAAAGCAAUAAGUUUAUCUCUUUUGGAGAUUUUUGAAAGAAAAUCAUCAUUAUUAACAUUUGCAUUUUUUGCAAUAGACCAAAUGAAAUAGUAUGUUGUUCUAUGCUUCUUUGCAUACUUGUUGAGGAUGUUGCUUGAAAAUUAUAUUCUGAAAUAUUACUUUUCUCUAGUUUUAAUUCUAUACCAAAAUAAUGAAAAGGUUUUUGAAAGGAUUCAAGGUAUAAGUUAACUAAGCUCAAGAAAAAAAAAUGUAUAGUUUUAUAGUUUAUAUAUUUCAUAGAUAUGAAAAUGUGCCUUUUGUAGUUAGUAUAUGAAGAACUCUAAAACAAAUUGCUAAUUUUGAAUUAGCUGCAUAAAUUGAUCUCUGUAAAUUAUAUUAAAUAUUGCAAUCAUUAAAAAUAUGUAUUAAAUAUUUUAACUACUUUAAUAAUUCAUAUUUUGCCAGUCAUUGAGUUUUGGUUAGAUUAUCCUUGUAUUCAUCUGUUUUACUUGACAUAUGUGAUAUAAACAUAUGCACAAGGAUAAUAUCCUAUGUUUAUGCAUAUCCUAAUAAGGAUUGAUUAGUAAGCAUUUAUGAUGUUAUAAAGCUGUUUCAUGAUUAGUUCUAGCUGAAAUUGCUCAUUGUUGUAAUUGUUUUUGUUGAUGUAUAAUGUUAUUGUUAUUGAUAGAUCCUUUAAGAUUAAUUCUAUAUAAUGUUAAGUAUAUAUUAUGAUUUUUUUUUUCAAAACGAGACAAGUAACGUUUUUAUUACUUAAUUAUAAGCUUUAAAUUAUUUUGAAAUAAAUUCAUGAAUAUUUAUUUUUUGCUGUACGUUUUUAUGUCUCUGAGUCAUGUGUAGCUCAUGAAAAUUAUUUGCAGUGUUUCUAAUCAUUAAUAUCAAUAUUUUAUUAUGAUAUUUGCCAUUUGAUUUUUUUGUUCCAUUUUUGAGUUUUUAGUCUUAUUAUACACAGUGUGUCUGUCCAUUCUAAUGGUAACCCAAUUUCUCAUCAAAUGAAGAUAUUUUGUACUGUAAAAAAACAUCUAAAUGUCAUAAAUAAAUAUAAUUUAUAUAUUUAUUUAUAACAGUGACUAUGCUGAUGAAAAAAAUUGCAACUAAAAAUUGUUAUUAAAACUGACUGAGUUAUGAUGCAUCACUAUUUAGAUAAUUUUAGACUAUUUCAGUGGUUGCCUUGAGAAAGAUCCACCAAUCUACAUUCACCAUUUGCUUAAGAUGGACGAUUAUUGUUUUAAAAUUAUGAAAUUCAAAGCUCAAUCAUCUUUAAUAGCAGAUGUGUUUAAUUUUUUUUAUUCAAAAUGUUAAUAUGCCAAGAAAAUCUUGCUAAAAGACAAGGAUAUUGUACUGUAUAAAAAUUAAGAUUUCGUAAUUUAUAAAAAAGUUCAUUUAUUGACUCGAACCUCAUAAAAUAUAAUUAUUUUCGCCGUUUAGAGCAAAAUUUUCAAAUUGGAAAUAUGUGCAUAUCUUUUACAGUUUAAAAAUUAAGACCACAAUUAGAAUGGACAUGCAAGUUAAUUACUGCAGUAAUUAACUUGCAAAUUUUCUCACUGCUUUAGUCAAGAAUCUGUGAUAGAUUCAAGUUUGUUUGUUUUUUUAUUUUAUUUGAAUUUUUACAUCAUUUAUUAUUUAUUUUGUAAACUUUUACUGAAGAAUAUUUGUUACUUAGCAUUUUUUCUAGUCUUAUUAUUUUUUAUUAUUUAUUUAAAAAUAUUACAUGUUUAUGCUUUACAAUGCUUCCCCGGUGAAAAUGAUUUUAUUUACAUAUCCUGUAAAUGUUCUAAGCAACUGUUUUAUCUUUUAAAGUUUAUCUAGUCAUAAAUGAAUUGUGCUGUGAUUUCUGCAAGGGUAAUCUGUAGACGUGAAUUAUUGAUGUUACUUAUAGUGUUGCCACUGUUAUACUACAAAUGUUCAUAUUUUUGGUAUCAUAAUUUAUCUAAUUAUUCCUGCAUUGUACUUAAGUUUUGGUUUGAAAAAAUAAUAGAGUGUGAUAUUGCAUGCUUAGAAAAACAUAAGUCCUUUCGGGAAUUGGUACUUAGGAUGUAUAAAUUUUCACUGUAAAAAAAAUGUGUGUUUUCUUUUAUUGUUGGAAAACA